AUGGGCUGUUGUCAGGCAACGGGAUACCAACAAUACCCGGGAGCCUGGGAUCAGGACGCCAGAAGCUGGUCUAUCGAGGAGCAUGGCCUCUGCUUUUGCCCCUGUUGUGCAGCAUGGCAGGAGAAGAGGGCAGAACAGCAGGGUGCAAUCAGCUGAGAGUAAUUCGGAGAAUGACAGAGGAUUUGUUGUGUCAAAACCAGUCGACCUUCGCCAGGUUACCGUCCUACCAAAAGCCGAGUGGGAACGAAUUCUGACUUACACCAACACGAUUGAGCAAGACAUGAUGGAGUUUUACGAAGAAAAGAGAGAAAGAGAGGCUUUGCAUUUACGAUCAAAGGAGAUGGUAAAAAACUGGAAGAACACCCUUGCUGGGAUGAGGCAGCAAAAGUUAGAAGCCAAACAACUUCGCGAGGAAGAGGAGGAGGAGCGUAAAAAGAUGAUUGAUAUAGAGGAGGCGAAAUACCAAGCUGAGAGGAGGAAAGAGGCGAUAGAAAACGCAAAGCUCAAACAAUACUAUCAAACCGACAAAGUCAAGAAAUUCCACAGUGCGCUGUUACUUACUGAAGUGCUGAAAGAACGAGAGGCCCAGAUUGCAUUAAAGAAGCAGAUGGACAAAGCAAAGCAUUCUUCCAACGUGAACCAAGACCUUGAAGGAUGCAUUUUAGAUACCAAGACGAAGACUACCCACCAAACCACAGACAAAAGGGAGACAGCCAAGGAACUUCUGAAGCAGAUAGAGGAACAGAAUCAUAAGGCUGAAUUAGAAAGACUAGCCAAUAAGAGGGAAGGUGGAGAAAUCCAGAGACAGACCCGGAUCUAUGAAUGGGAAAUGCAGAAGCUGGCCAAAAUGAAACAGGAUGAGAAAAAGGAAAUUAUGAAGGCUCAUCUUGCAACUGUUGCAGACAGAGAUUUUAUCAGAGCUCGAGAGCAGCAAAAAGAAAUGGAAAACGAAGAACUGAUUCAACGUUACGCUCUUGCAAAGAAAAAGAUGGGGCAGCUGAGAAAAGAGAGAGAACAGGAAAUAUACAGACAAAUUCUAGAACGUAGAGAUGACAUCGGGAAUCGCUUGGCUGCGCAAAUAAAGCAACAAGUGGACGAUGAAGAUGAGCGCGUAGCAAAGGCCAUCGCUGAGCUGGAUGCCAAGAACACAAAGGAAAGCCAGCAAAAAGUGCAAAAAAUAAAAGAGGACAUCAAGGCCAUCGCAGAGCAUAGGCAAGCCAUGAGACGGAAAAAAGAAAUGGAAGAAAAACAAGAAAAGUUGAAUGCUAUAAAAGCGCUUCACGCCAUAAAGGAAGCGGAUAACGUCUUCAUCGCCCAACAGAUGGAGAAACAAAGAAAAACCGAUGAAGAACACAAGAGGAUGCAGGCAAUACAACUGCAGCAAAUGGCUGAAAAGAAAACCAUGGCUCUGUUAGAGAAAGAUGCAGAACUGAAUUACACAAAGCAAAACGAGACCUUGCUUGCCAAGGAAGAAGAACAAUUCCAAGAAUACGCAAAGCAGGUGAUUGAUUCUGCCAUCAAAGCCAAACGCAAUCCUUUCCCUCUUAAAAAAGCUGCUGAAGUUGGAACUGGCGGUGGACACGGCCCCCUCUACUCCCGAAGGGGAGGUAUUCGGCCCAGUUACCAGGUGCAGGACACCAGCGGAGUCCAGUUACCAUCCUUUAAGAGCGACAACGCUCAACAAAUUAAAGACAUCUAUGACACGGGUGAUAUUCAACAAGGAAAGAGAAAACUUGGUUUCACAUGGUAGAAACAAAUUAUUGUAACGUCUGUUAUCUUAUAAAUGUAUGGAAAGGAGAGAGGAAGGACAUUGUAGACGUCAAGUUCCGAUCACAAAUCCAUUUUAUGCUCAGUUUGGGUUUAGUUUCUUUUUUUUUUCCCCAGAACAUUCUGUGUGAGUAAAAAUACACAGUAUAUCACCAGCGCUAUCAUAACUAAUAAAUAAACUCAAUACUACUGUU